AUGAUAGCCAAUCAGCUUAUAACUUCAGCUUCUUCAAUUCAGCUUUGACAAUAAAACCUGGAAGCUGAUUAGUUUCUAUGCAGAGCUGCACUGGGUUUUGCACGCUCUAGUUUUAAUAAAUCCCCUCAUUGUAUACACCUUAACCUCCCUGGCGGUAUUCCCGAGUGUAGCUCGGGGUAAAGUUUCAGUACCACAAGCGGUAACCCCGAGCUACACUCUUGCUUACUAUGCGGCGCUGCUCCGUGAUCCCUCAAUCUCUUACCUUGUCCUGCGCUCCCGCGAUUUCCCUCCUGCAGUGUCCCCAGCAAUGUAAUUUGGCAUCUGUCAUCUGGGUUCCGUCCCCUGCGAGCGUCAGGACGUACGGGGGACGGAACGGCGGGAAAUUUGAAAAUGACAAAAAGUGACAUUCACUAAAAUCACUAA